AUGUCGGUUCUCGGAUUUGACAUCGGUAACCUGAACUGUUACAUCAGCGUUGCUCGUCAGGGUGGUAUCGAAGUAAUCACCAAUGAUUACUCUCUCCACGCCACGCCGUUAGUCUUUUCAGCCCUCUAUGUCGGGAAAUAUUGGGUGAACUUUUCAGAGCAUGUGUCGCGUUCACAUCGAAAGACCGUUCGAUGGGAGACGCGGCUCGUCAGGCGGUCAACACCAACUUCAAGAACACCAUCAUCUACUUCAAACAGCUUCUUGGAAGGAAAUACAGCGAUCCUGUCACCCAAAAGUUCAUUCCCUUCAUUCCUUGCGAAGUCGUUGCUCUGCCAAACGAUGACAUUGGGUUGAAGGUUUCAUAUUUUCAAAUGGAAAAUAACUGAAUCGAAAAUUCCAGGUAUCAUACCUCGAGAAUACCGAGGUUUUUUCUCCUGAACAAGUUUUUUCGGCGUUGCUGACUAAACUUCGCAAAAUUGUCGAAGCACAGCUACCGGAUGUUAAAAAAGUCUCGGACUGUGUCGUUGCGGUAAGUACAUGAUUUGGAAAUUUUUAUUUUCAUAUAUUAGGUCCCGUCGUACUUCACCGAUGUGCAGCGUCGAGCUGUUCAGGCUUCCAUUCAGUUCGCCAAUUUGAACGCUCUGAGAAUCAUCAACGAAACUACGGCUGUCGCUCUGACCUACGGUUUUUUCCUUCGAUAAUGAAACGAUAAAUUUUAGUUUAAGGUAUAUACAAGCAAGAUCUACCGGAGGAAAAUGCCAAGGCGAAACACGUCGUUUUCCUUGAUAUCGGCCACUCGUCGACUCAGGCUUCUUUGGUCGCAUUCAACAAAGGAAAACUGACGGUAAGAACUUAAAAUUUGUGGCUUGAAAGAACAAAAAAAAAAACAAAUUUAAUCGUUUGAAAAUUGCAGAUGCUUCGCACCGCUCAUACUAUGGAUGCUGGUGGAUUGUGGUUCGAUAACAUGAUUCGGGAGCAUUUCCGCCUCGAAUUCAGGAACAAAUACGGUUUGUCCUCUCAUUUCUUUGAAAGAUUCUAGUUAUUAGAUUUUUCCUAUAGCUCAUGAAAAAGAAUUUAGCUUUUAAAUUUAAAAGUCGAAAAUGUAAAAAUACAGGAAUAACUGAAUGUUAAAUCUUUUUCAAUUUUUUUAGCAGUCUUUCAUUCGUUUCAUGCGUUCUCAGGCAAUAUAGGUAAAUUUUUCAAUAAUCAAAAUAUAAACAACAGAAAAAAAUUUUUUUAUUUGCGACAUUCUUUUUUUGAUUGUCACACUCACUUUUCAUUAUCAUCAAAGCUGAAAAAAAUAAUUAAAAAGUGCGAAAUAAAUCAUUUCUUCGUUGUUUUUCAAAAGUAGCUCAAAAGAAAAUAGGAAAAAUUUUUCAACUUGAUUGAUCCUUUGUCAGUUUCUUCGAUAAAUGCCACAAACUAUCAGGCUAGAAAAAAAUAAGUAUAAAAAAAAUAAAGAUAUUCUUAAUAGGUAUCGACGCGAAGAGCUCCCCUCGCGCCUGGCUCCGUCUCCUCGACGAAUCUGAGAAGGUGAAGAAACAAAUGUCGGCCAAUCAGACGCCGAUCCCUCUUAACAUCGAGUGCUUCAUGGACGAUAAGGACGUCAGCGCGAAGAUGCAAAGGUAAUUUUGUUUUUGGUCCAAAAAACUGGAAAAGAAAAAUUUUCUUUGCGUGUACACUGUUUCAAUUUUCAGAGCCGAGUUCGAAGAUAUCGCUACUCCACUUUUUGCCGUCAUCCGCCGUGUCUUGGAAGAACUCUUCAUCGAAGGACCAAUCAAGGUUUUUUUUUCUUAUUUCAAAUUUCAAGAAUAUUUUUCAGCCCGAAGAGGUAGAUGAAGUCGAAAUUGUGGGAGGAUCUUCUCGAAUCCCCAUGAUUCGGAAGAUCAUCCAUGAUCUUUUCGCGAAGGAAGCUAAGACCACCAUGAACCAGGAUGAAGCUGUCGCACGCGGUUUUCCAAAAAAAAAAUCUGAAAAUUUCCUGAAUCUAAAUUUUUCAGGUGCUGCCAUGCAGUGUGCAAUUCUUUCGCCGACUUAUCGCGUCCGCGAGUUUUCGAUCAAGGAUUCACAGCCUUUCCGUAUUGGAAUCACGUGGAACGGCGGAGCUGCCGAAGGAGGGUGAGGAAUGAUAGAUUUUGAAAGAAAAAAAAGAGAAAUAUGUUGAGAUUUUAAAUAACCAGGCCUUUUCUUGAAAAAAGAGGUCACUGAAGUUAAAGUGGAGUUGAGAAAAACUCAUCAUAUUGUUUCACCAUUCUUGAAAUGUAAAGAAAAAUUUGGUGAGUGUUUUCAAGUUCAAUGUUUCUCAGUUCCAUUAGGAACCUAAAACCUCCUCCAAACUUCGAAAAUUUUGGUUUUUCUGUUUCUUUCAAACCUUGAGGUUUAAUUUCGAAGAAGACAAAAAAAAUGGCCUCAAUUACUGUAUUUUUCAAAGUGAAAAAUCUUUUCUUUGCAUUACGAGUUUCACUUCUCCGGUUUUGCGAAAGAAUUUGACAAGCCAUCUCUUAUAAAAUUAUCUAAUUUAUCUGUAGAAUGCAUUAGGCGCAACUUGUUCUGUGCCAUUUGGUUUUAGGCUUAUUUUGUAUUCACUUUCAGAGAAUCCGUUGCUUUCACUGAGAGCGACGAGUUCCCAUUCUCGAAGAUGGUCACUCUUUUCCGCAGCGACGCGUUCCAAAUCGACGCUCGCUACAUCUCUCCGAACACUGUCCCGCAUACCCAGUCUCAUCUCGGUAACUUUCGAAAUUGUAUUUUAUUCCUAUGGGUCAAAAAUGAAAAAAGUAAAAUGGUAGCUUUCGCAGUUCAGAUGGAACAAACAAGAGCGAAUUUCCAGAGUUUCAAAGUAAUUUUACACAUGAUUUGAGGCACUUGGCACGUGUCGGGUGUGAAACCUACUGCCGAAGGCGAAGCUCGCAAGGUCAAGGUCAAGGUAGGAAAACUUCGAAGCAAAACAAUUUAACUAAAAAAACUUUUUCAGGUCCGCGUCAACCCGAACGGUGUUUUCUCCGUAUGCAGCGCUACCAUGUACGAAACUCAGGUCGUUCCUGAAGUAAGCUCUUUUUCGAAAAGUAUAUUUACUUCAUAAAUGUAUUUUAGGAGCCGAUGGAGGUGGACGCUGCGGCGCCACCAGCUGCCGAAGGGGCCGAGCCGGCCGCCGAUCCAGCGGCUGAACCUGCCAAGCCGAAAACCAAGACCAUCUCCAUCGAUCUGCCCAUUCGUGAGGUCGUCCCCGUCAACUAUGACGUCCAGAAAUAUGCUGGAAUCGAAGUGAGCGCAUAUUUUCACUUUAAUCAUGAAAACUUGCGAUUUUCAGCUCCAAAUGCAACAAGUUGAUGAGAAGCAGAAACGCAAGGCUGACGCCAGAAACAGUGUCGAAGCAUACGUCUACGAAAUGCGCGACAAGAUCUCUGAUCAAUUCGCCGACUUUGUUUCUCCUCAGGUUUGUUUAAGAAAAUUUGUGAAUCGUUAAAGAAAAAAAAAGUGGAAAAAGUUGCGCGAAGAUGAUGGUUUUUCGGAAUGUUUAUGGUUUCAAAUUUCAUGAUCUAUUUUUUGCGCUGAAAAUUGAAUCUAAUUAUGUUAUGGACAACAGUGUUUUUCAUUUUUCGCAAGUUGCAAAAAAAAUUCAUUUUUCAAGCGCUUUAGAUAUGUCAAAAAUCUAUAAAAACUUAAAAAAACUAAAUUUUUAGGCUGCCGAGGAGUUCCGCCAAGAGCUGACUGUGACGGAGGACUGGCUCUAUGAUGAGGGUGAAGACGUUGAGCAACAGGUCUACGAAAAACGGCUCGAGGCUCUGAAGCGCCACGGAGAUCCUAUUGUUGAACGAUACCGUGAAGCUCAGCACCGACAGGUUUUUUUUUUCACAAGCUUAAAAAGGCAAAUUUGUGGGUUCCAGCCGGCAUUUGAUGACUUUGACCAAGUGAUUGCUCGCGGACGCAAGGCCUACGAAGACUACGUUGCUGGCGGCGAAUUGUACGCCCACCUCGACAGCAAGGAUAUGGAAAAGGUUAGUUUGGAAGCUCUUCAUUUAAAUUCGUCAAUUUUGUCAUAGGCUUCAGUUAUGAUAAAACUAGAGGUUUAAAAAUAUGAAAAUGGAGAAAAAAUUGAGCAGCCAUAAGUUAGAGAAAAAUAGAAUACAAUGAAUAAAAAUAUAAGUGAAUUUUUCAUAGAGAAAUGAGUUAGCCAAAAGAAAAAAUUUUUUUCUAUCUCUUGUAAUAAAAAAAUCAGGUUAUCAACGCGAUCGAGGACAAGAAGAAGUGGCUGGACGACGCCCGUCAUCGUCAGGAACGCCUUGCCAAGACAGAGGCUCCAGUGAUCUUUGUCGAGGAGAUCAACCAACAACGCUCGGUUCGUUCAUAUUUCCUAGAAAUCGAACAUGGGCAAAUCAUAACUUACAAGGCCGCCGACCCAAAAUCAGUUAUUUCACUUGAAGUUAAGACUUACACUUAUUGUUAACUUUGCCUCCCUAAUCUUCAAACUAUUUCUUUAUACCUUUUUCCUGAAAUUUUUGAAAGUCAAAACCACCCCCUAUACCUAUUGAGCCUUCAACUUGAAUAUGUGGGACAGAAAUGGAUGAUUCUUGCGGUUUGAGGCUUUCGAGAACAUCAUCAACCCGAUCCUGAACAAGAAGAAGCCGGCGCCGCCCAAGCAGGAAGCUCCCAAGAAGGAGGCGCCGCAGCAGCAGCAACAGGCCGGCGACGCCUCGCAAUCCGAAAUGGACGUCGAUUAA